AUGACUUCACUCAUGACACCUGCUGAAAUACUCGAAUUGAAUUUAAAUGACUCUGCUCUUGACUUGCUCAAUGCAGCUAUUGCAAGCCAUCAGCACAUAAAACCAGAAGAUGAGCAAGAUACAACUGAAGACGAAGCAACCCUCUUGCACGCCAAGCGAGAGUUAGAAAAGGAUGAACAAACAACGACUGCGCCCAAACGUGCAGGUCGCAAACCAUUGGAUAAGUCACAAACAGCGGAAUCUUCGCUGGACCCUAAACAAAAACGAAAAGCACAAAACAGAGCAGCUCAACGUGCAUUUCGAGACCGUAAAGAAAAACAUGUAGCAGAAUUACAAGCUCGUAUUGAUGAGCUGGAAGCCAUUAAUGCAACAAAAGACCAAGAUCUGGUACAAGAAAACGAAGAAUUAAAAAAGAAGUUGCAAGAAUUACAACAAGAAAAUUAUGCAUUAAAGGGUGCUCAAUUCACAUUUGAGUUCCCAGUUACUGCUGGUGUAAAAGACGAGCAUGAAACUACUAAUACUGCUUCAGCAGCAGCAGUGGCGGCGGCAAUGGAGCCUUAUCAUACAACAACAACCAGCGGUAGCAGCAUGAGUAGCGGAAAUAGUUACAGCGGAGAAGAUGCACAACACUCACCCUUAUCUAAUGAAGAAGAUUCAAACAGUGCAGAUACACCUGUCAAUGAUGUCUUUUCAGCAAACGAGCCCAUGCAAUUUGGUUUAAUACAUCAGCAACAACAACAACAGCCAGAUAAUCUGGAUUUCCUGGCUGUUACAGGUGAUGCUUACACUGGUGAUUUGUUUCACGGUAAAGAUGACCUAUUCCAAGACUAUCGUGUGCCUCCCAAUGACGAUUUCUUGUUUGCCAAUGAAGACUUGACCAGUCUAUUUGGUGGUAAUAAUGAAUUAUUUGGCUUCAAUAACAACCAAUUCUCUUUCAACUCACAAUUCGGAUUACCUGAAACUCCUGCCACACGUCGUUUUAUGUGUCCUGAUGACAAGAAAAAGCUCUUGGUAGAGAAAUUAAAAAAGGGACAACAAGAAGGAAAAUACAUUUACCAAGUACAUCAAGAAUUACAAGCAUCUUGCCCAGAUUUCGACUUGGAUUCUUUAUGUAGUGAACUCAAGAAGAAGGCUGUCUGUAGUCAAAGUCAAUAUCCAUUAACAGAUUACGAUGUAGAUGCCUUUGUAAAGUGUUUAGACCGUGUCUAA